AUGGAUAACCAAAAUACAUUAAACGGCUUCUGUGAAUCGUGGAGAAGCAACCCGUUCGGCGAAUUAAGAAAAACCGUAGGGAAGCGGGAAAGUGGAGGCGAACACGGCACGAGUUCCACGUUUGCCCCUGCCGCUAUGGGAGUGUUAUCGGAGGGUGAAGCGAUGACGUCACGCGGCGCCGCGGCGGCUCGGGCCGUCCCAACUGGCUGCGAUUGGGACGCCGCCGACACGACAAGGGCUCCGCUGGCACCAGACGACGCGGGGUCUCCUCACAGU